AUGGCUGACCCUCCUGUUGACUUUACUGAACAACUGUCAAUAAAAAAAAAAAAAGUUUCUCUGUUCUGUUUUGGUUUAUCAUUUUUUGUGCUGCUAUUCUGCUUAGUUUCAGGCUCUGCAUCAGCAGUCAUUGAGAAGAGGGUUCUAGGGAGCAAGUCCUACAAAAACAAGAGGAGCUGCCAUGUCCAGAUAACAUCUGUUCAGGGCGGGAAGUCCUGUGGAGGCGCUCUGCUCAACCCCCGCUGGGUCGUCACAGCCUCUCACUGUGCAGAGCAGGAAGUCAAAUUAAAGUUUGGCUUAAACAUCAAGUGGUACAUGACCCUGAAACUCAUUGGAAAAAAACUAGAGCAAACAAUUCCUGUUAAGCAGCAGUUAACUUUUAAAGAUGAGGAGGAAAAAGCCCAAGAUAUUAUGCUCAUAAAACCACAUGAGGAUGUCUCUCCUGAACUACUCACAAUCAGCUAUGACAAAAAAGACUGCAGUAGGCCAGAGGAGGAUGCAAAUGUGGAGAUUGGGGGAUGGAAGCAGAGAAAGCAGGUGAGAUGUGCCACCACACAAGAGAAUGAUAAGCCUGGCAGCAUUUACAACAGUGAUGAGGCUACAGUUAUGUGUGCCUUCAAAUCUGGAGUGGAGUCCUGCUUUGGCAAAGCAGGUUCAGCUGUGGAGUACAACUGAAAACUCCUUGGAAUUAUUGUUAGCCAGCCUGUGGAUAAGUGUGCACAGCAUGUUGUAAUGCACCAUGAAGGAGCACUCAUAAGACAUAGAGGCUGGUGUCUGUCUCCAGCAGUCACUGGGUGA